GCGUCGCCGCGCCCUGUCGCGUUCCCGCGAAAACAUAAACACAAUGUUCUUCGCCCACUUAUGAUACAACGGCGAAUUUGGUGUAUUUAGUUCAGAUUUUUUUAACGUGAAUAGUGUUUUCGUGAACGUAUUUUUUUAAGUAGUUAAUAUAUCGCCAGUACAAAGUUUAAUUCAUUGCCUUGCCUCUAUUUAGAUAUAGCUUUUGAAUAUAGUUAGGCGCGCUAGUUAGAUUUUAGGGUAGAUAUCCAAGAGAUUUUUUAUAGAAAAUAUUAUAAAAAGCAUUACAAAUGUCGUUGAUUUGUGGAGAAGCCGCCGGACCGCUAAUGUCUGAGCCAAUUUUGAGUUUAUACAAAUCACCACUGUCAGGGUGCGCUUUCCUUACAUAUUUCAACCCGGAAAGCGCUUCGAGCGCACAAUCAGCCCUCCAUGAGAAAAGAACGCUACCAGGGAUGAAUCGAGCAAUACAGGUCAAACCAGCAGAUAGUGAAAAUAGAGGAGAUCGCAAGUUGUUCGUGGGGAUGCUCAGCAAGCAACAGACGGAAGAGGAUGUACGCCAAUUGUUUACUCCGUUCGGUACUAUAGAAGAGUGCUCCAUACUAAGGGGACCCGACGGCUCGAGUAAAGGCUGCGCAUUCGUGAAGUUCAGCUCACACCAGGAAGCCCAGCAAGCUAUCACACAACUUCACGGAAGUCAGACUAUGCCUGGAGCUUCCUCCAGCUUAGUGGUGAAAUUUGCGGACACAGAGAAGGAAAGACAACUCAGGCGCAUGCAACAGAUGGCCGGCAACAUGAGUCUGCUGAAUCCGUUCGUGUUUAAUCAAUUCGGAACCUAUGGCACCUACGCCCAAGUCAUUACCGAACAGCAACAAGCAGCACUGAUGGUGGCGGCGACCGCGCAGGGCUACAUUAGUCCGAUGACUGCGCUGGCAUCGCACGCGCUCAACGGGAUGGCUAACUCAGUGGUCCCGCCUACUUCUGAGAACUUCACUGGCCUGGCGAUAGGUACAGGUGGAGGGCAGCCCCUAAAUGGGGCUUUGCCUUCGUUGCCGUCUCCGACAAUGCCUGGCUUCAACAUGGCUGCGCAGACGGCUAACGGCCAGCCACCACCGCAGGAAGCUGUCUACACCAAUGGUAUACAUCAAACUUUUACUGGACCGGUUCCAGUAACAGCCCAAGGUCUACCAAAUGGUGAGGCUGCAGCGCUGCAGCAUGCAGCAUACCCCGGAAUGCAGCCUUUCCCUGGAGUCGCUUACCCAGCGGUUUACGGUCAGUUUCCGCAGCCCAUACCACCCCCGAUGUCAACCAUUGCCCCGGCGCAAAGAGAAGGCUGCUCGAUCUCGGGCCCUGAGGGGUGCAACCUCUUCAUCUACCAUCUCCCUCAGGAGUUUGGUGACGCGGAGCUAAUGCAGAUGUUUAUGCCCUUCGGGAAUGUGAUUAGCAGCAAGGUGUUUAUAGAUCGCGCUACUAAUCAAAGCAAAUGUUUCGGAUUCGUGUCAUUCGACAACCCUGCAUCAGCCCAGGCGGCGAUUCAGGCGAUGAAUGGCUUCCAAAUCGGCAUGAAACGGCUAAAGGUCCAGCUGAAGAGGCCCAAAGACGCCAAUAGGCCUUACUAACACGAAAUGUCUUUGUUGCGCGUCUGCCCACCUCCGCCGAGGGCAGCAAUGGGCACUUUCCGGCCUCGGCGAACGAACUCACGCAACUCGAACAAUUUUAAUGAAUUUAACAGACAAGUGUAUAGCAAAUAUCAGUAACAUCUUACUAAACUAAACUAAAGCCACCGAGGCGAGUAUACUAUAUUAGUUAAAAGUAAUUAUCUAUUGAUCAAUGCGUAGAAAGCUUCAUUCUUAUCAUUAUCGAUUAAUCAUUAAAUUACUCUAUUAUAUUAUUAUACAAUUUAUUAACUUUGAUUAAAUUAUUAUUAUUAUUAAAAAUGACACGUUAUAAAAAUUUUGUCAUUCGUAAUCAUACUUCUACUUCUAAGUACUUAAACGUUUAACUGAAACUUUUAACAUAAAAUUUAUUAUACUAGUUAUUUGCUUGAACUAAGCCAAACUGAAUUUAUUAAGUAAGUUGAAAAUGUAAGAAAAAAUGUAUUUUAAUUAUUGUAUAUUGGGUAGUUUUAACUGGUCACACUCGUCUCUUUGUAUUGUUGUUUUGUUCGUAGCGUAGAUGGCGCUGCAUCGAUCGCGCGUUCCGUUCUACGUUUUGUUAGGCGUAGGUCAUUGACAAAGAUACGGUGUUGACUUUUCGCGAACACUGUUGUCUCUUUCAAGAUUCAAUUAAUGAUUACAUUAAGUACCGGUAUUUACCACUAUUGGCAUAAUAUAUUAUCCUAUAUUUUGUUAUACUUAUUAUGUGUGAGUGUCUGAUAUAAGCUGUCACGCUAGGCUGUACCAUCAUUCUGAAGCACUUAAUCUAACUUAAAAUUCCUAAAGCUGUAGGUACCUUCAUUAUGGACAUUACGAAGUCAAUCCACUAUAACUAUGUAUGACACCUAUAAAAUCGGUGGAAGCCAUUAUUAAAUUAAAACUGUAACAUAAAUAAAUCAAAAGCUCAAUUCGGAACAAACAGACUCAAUUAUUGCCGAAAGUGUUCAAAUUGUGUCUUUCAACAACAAAAUUGUACAUAUGUCUAGAUAUAGAUCAGCUUUUCAUUUCAGUUAUACAUCAGUUUUUCAUUUUCAAUUGUGGUAAGCCUAGCGACCCAAUUACCAUGUUAGUGAAUGUUAAUAUUUAACAAUUAUUAUGGAAUUGUUGUAAACAUAAAUGUUGUAAACGCUGUGUACAAAUCAAAGUGCACUUCAACAUAAAACACAAAAAGGCCUUUGUUUCAAAGAUCGUUUAUGUGUUGUAAAUUCCAAAUGGGCUGUGAUAUAAAACUAAUAUAUCAACAUAAUGGAUUGUACAGGCCGUUCGUCUUUGCAUGUUAUAUUUCGCUCUUUAUCGCUCACACACUUAAAACAGUGGCGUAGCAGGUGGCGCACCGUCGUGACACCCACCCGGUCUCUCAACUUUAAGAUCAAUGUACAAACAUAAAAAAAUCGCUAGCAUGUAUUUUUCAGGGAUUCCUCCACUAGCACAAGCUCAGCUCUAAGUAGAAUUCGGGGAUUCCCGCAAAAGAGUCUUAUGCUGUCGUAGGGGAUUCCCCGUCCAAUACUCGCGAUCUAUUAAUAAAUAAUCCAUGUCCUUUAUCAUAUAAAAUUUAUUGUUUUUUACUUUCAAUGGGGUGACACAAAUAACUUCCGCACCGGGUGCCACCCAAGGUAGCUACGCUACUGACUUAAACCCCUUUACUAAAAUACUUCAAAACUACAAACAAAUACCAUACUUUGUACAAUUAAAGAUUCGAUGUUCUCCUGAAGGAAACCGAAUUAGCAACAUCGUAGAUAGCAUUCAAUCUAUUAGUCAUAAUACAUCAUUAUCGGAGAAUUUCAACAUGCAACAUCGAAUCUUUAAAAUAUUUCCAUAUUUCAUAUCAAGUUUGUGAGCGAUUAUAUCGCCAACGCGACGUCAAUUGAAGGGGCGUGCUUUUUCAUUUUAAUUUCGUGGAUGUGUGUAAUGUGUACUUUAUACAUAAAUUAUGAACAAUUGAUGUUAAGAUGUUAAUACAACUGAAUGUCUAAGGAGACAACAGUGACAAAAGCGAAAUACAAAAUUAGGGUAAUUUCUACUGAAAAUAGAGUCAUAAUCAAAAUGUACCAAUAUACAUUUAAAUACUGAGAUACCUUAGAUGUAAACACAUGCGCGCGGGCGGAAACUAAGCUCCGGUGUGCCGGUGUUGCCAUUUAAAAACAAAAUAACAGCUCAGAAAUACUAGUCGUGUUGCACUCAACACGUUCAUAGUCAUUUUUGAAGCUUGUAUAUUAUGUAAAUAGAGGUAAUGAUAGAUAUGGACAGUGUUUUUAACACACUGAGUUUUGAAUACUUAUGCUAAAUACCAAAUAUUUUUAAAUGAAACGUAAUUUAAAAAAGGUACUUGAGCCCCCUACGGCAAGUAUCAUGCAGAAAUUACUGCAAAUACACUUAGUUACUACAGUAUAUUUUCUUCUAUGCUAAUCGAUUACGUAUAUGGCAUGGAACAUACAAAAUAAGUUUAUGAACUGAAUAAACAAUCCUAUAAAUAUAGAGCCAAAUAUCACGAUCAAUUUUAAGCUUAAAUGUGAAACUUAAAUUACAAAGCCACGCUUUCUUGUCGAAAAACCGUAAAUUUCCGUCCGCUUAUGUAUAACGCAAUUUUAGAAAAUCGCUUCUUUCAAAUAUAUUAUUUCUGCAUAAUACUGCUCAUGUGAUAAGGCUCAACAUGGUAUAAACACAUUUGGACGUAAAUAAGAAAAUGAUUAAGAAAAGUGAGGGCAAAUAAUGUUGCAUUUAAAAAGAAAUCACAUUCAUCAAAUAAGAAACGACAUAGAGAAAUUACAAAAAUAAAAUAGUAAUAUAUCCAAAAAAUCUCUUAUGAUUCUGUAGAGUUUAUAUUAUCAUAUUACCACAGAAUAGCAACAAAUUCAUGAUGAAUAUUUUAUUUAAAUAAUCAAAUUGUGUAUUCGAAAUUUAAAAAUUACCAAACGCAAUAUUGAACUAUCUUAAACUCAGAUGUGUUUAUAUCAUUAUUGCGUGCGGUCGCCACGUUUGCCACCGCCGCCCUAGUCAAAUAUUCAUUCAUCACAAACAUAGAUUUUUAUAUUUACACAAAAUAAUUAUUAUAUUAUAUGGAAUAUAGUAUUCUAGUUUAAGACGAUUAUGAUUUAACGAUAAGCUGUAAUUUGGGAGCGAAUCGUAUUACCCUCCAACUUGCUGAAACAUUCUUAUUUAAUAAUUUAAAAAAUCGUAUCUAUUAUUAAAACAUAAAUUGUUUUGUUUGAUCAAAACAUUGUUAAAUAUUAUUAUAUAUUUAUGUUAUGAAAAACUUUUAAUUUGUUUUUUUGAACGUAUCUAUGUCGUCCUUAACUCCUAUGCGGCCUGUUAAUACGAUUUCGCUUUCAAAGUUUAAAAAUGCAACGGAGGCAAGAUACUAACCAAUAAUAUUACGUAGUUAGUUGUAGUAGCUAUCCUAGCUCUUUUAUAUUAUUAGGUACACAUCUUAGUGCAAUACAUCGUUACGCUUUUUAAAAUUGUUUUAAGCGUUCUUAUGUUUUAAAAACUUUCUAUUUAUUUAUUUUAUAUUUGACGGUUUUGUACAACGGCAGAAGCUCUUUACACGUCACGAUUUUUGGACGUAGCAUUUCAAGUGAUCGUAAUUUAAUAUUUUUAUCUUGAGAAGUCUUCGUCUUAACAUUAUCCAGUCGAAGUUGAUUUGCAUACCCGAGUUCAUAGUGCAAUGCCAUCAGCAUUGGGAACAUCGGAUGACAUUGUCGGACGCAACAUGCCAGAUAAUCUGUCCGCUUGGCUAUUUAUAAGUCAGAACUAAAUGAUGCCAAAUCGGAACGUAUACUUACUUCUAGUGUAAUGAUUAUAAUAUAAUUGAUUAUAUCAUCUUGUGGAUAAGAUAGGAGUAGCGGGUUCGAUAGAUGGCUACUGAGUACGGAGCGACACGUUUGUUACAGUUAAUUAUUGACUUGUACUAUAAAAUACUUAUAUUGAUUAAACAAUUUUAAAUCCUCCAAAGUAUAUUAUGUGCCGUAACGCAUAGUUGAUAAUAAAAUAAAAUGUGUCCUUUCUGAAUAUAUAAAACAAUCGCCCGUAAAGUGAUUCUAGGAUACAGGGUAUGCUUUGCAAUUAAAUGUAUCUAAAUGUUUUGUAGGCAAUUUUCGCCUCAAACUGACUUCGGCCUUUCUCAGGUUCCGCAGCCACGGAAUAGAUAUCGAUCCCCAGACAACCGUUAUUAAUAACAAUUAUCAAAUAUAUGAUACUAGAUGUACUAUAGCAUAAUGGUGACAUAAAUAGUCGUCAUGCAUCGGCCUCCCUGGUGGCGGCGCCCGCGCCGCUUCUCUUUCGGGUCCACUGUAGUCUGUGGAAUUUUUAUACUCUGUCGUAAAUAUUGUAGCAUUACAAAACUCUUACCUUAAUUAUACUCGCAAACUUAUUGGACUUGCACUUGCUUGAAUUGAAUAAUGCAGUUAGUUCUUACAAUAUAAAUAAAACAUAAUGUGUAUUUGUUAUGGUUGUCUUUGUAAUAAUUAUAAUUUAUCUUUUAAAAUCGUAAGCUAAUUAAUUCCGUCUAUAAUUAAGUAACCCAUUUAUUACAGAAAACGAUGUUUUCAUACAAACAUCUUUGAAUACCUACAUUGUUUGGAUGUAUGCCAUGCCAUCUAAAAUUCAACAAUAAAAACUCAAACCAGUUGUUUGAUAAUUUUCACAGUGUGACAGUUGACUGUGACUGUUUCAAAUAGCUUGUAGAUUUUUUAUUUCAUUAAAGAUAAUGUGAGCGCUCCUAUAUGAAAAUAUUUCGCACAUGUAAGGUUUAAAUAAGUUUGUUGGAUGAUGAUGGAUCGUUAUUUAGAUUGAAUAAUUAUCGGACGGUGUGAAAUCAAGACACGACUUUAUGUUUGAUAAAAAAUUCGCGUCGUGGUUGUAACAGUUACGUGUCGUUACGGAUAACUGCGCUUCUAAUCACCGUUCGAUUAGAUUUUAAGAUGAAUGCCAAUACUUUUAUUAAAAACAAAAUUAGGAUUCGAAAUAAUUAUGUAAUCAUAUAUCUAUUUAUAUUAUUAAUAUAUUAAAAUAAUAUGAAGAGAGGCGCAUAGUGCUUUUAUGAAAGUAGAUCCUAGUAAAAUACAAAACGAUCUAGUCAUAUCUUCUUCUUUGAUUGAUUUUAUUUGCGUAGCAUAGUUUAGCUUCAAGCAUACUUAAACUAUUUGAAAUACUUGAGGUUUUGUUAUUACAACGUUGCUUUGACAAUUGUAUCUAUGAUUUGCUGCCUCUGACUUACAAAAUACAGCAUAUAUAAUUUAAUCGAUUAAGGUAUAAUUAUAUAUUAUUUUUGAUAAGUUAUCCAGAAUAUUGUUUCGUAUAUUCAAAUUCUUAGGAUAAGUAUAAUUCGUAGAAUUAGAAAAGAGAUGGAUAGCUUAGCCAAAGAUAAGAGUAGACAAAUUAAACCAUGUAAAGAGAUACAUUGUCAUGUGUUACGGUGACAGAAAAAUACAUUUACAAAAUAAUAUGAAAACGCCGUCCUUAUCUCUUUCAAGAAUAAGGCCAAAAAUAAAUAUUGAAACCUGCGUAUGAUGAAUGCUUUGAUUUCAGAAUCUUCAAAUACAUUCAAAAUCUAUUAUUUUAUUAUAAGGUUUGGUGUAAGUUUAGCAUCAAUUAUAACUGCAAAGAUACAUUGUUUUUUGUCACCUCGUUUCACGUCCUCUUACUCUAUUCUAAUGAUCAAAGACGGUAAAAAUUUCUGACAAUUCGUAUUUUAACAAUUUCGUAUCGCGCCUCUAGAUGAUUUGCGCAUAUUAACUUUGGCACUUUAAACUGACAAGGGAUUGGGACAAAAUCACUUUGCUACGCGCGUGAAAUACUAACACCAAACUAAUUCGCGACGAAGCGUGAGCUAAUGUCAUGAGGCAUUGGUCCCAGGUUAUUGGCCAUCGGAAAAUGGCGACUAUCUCAUUGUAUGCUCUGACGCUAACAGCGAUACUGUUAACCCAGAAUUAUCAAGUGCCAUAAUUAGUUAUACUCAAAACUGUAAAUAAUCAUAAUGUGAUUUGACAUCAUAUCUAAUUUAGGAGCUUACUAGCCUUUUGCCCCGAGUGUUCUCGGGCGGGUGACAGGGUGUCGCUGUAUAUAUCUAAGGAAAUCUCUAAGUACCACUUAUCGCUUUUAGAAACUGAAAACAGGGCGACCUUCAUCCCAGAUAGGAAUUCUUUUACACUAUAAAAUAACAUCGUUACCUCGUUUAAUGUUUGGUUAAGAUUUAAUUUACUCCAUUACAAUAAUCGCUUAAAACUAAGAGAUAAAAGUUUCACGAUGUAAAUACCUAUACAUACUUAGACGAUAUAAUUUUCUCAAUUGAAACGCAACAAACAUUAACAUUUGUCUAUACAUUGUUCUGGAUAACUUAUGGUAAUAGUUUAAGCGUAUACAAUUUGCUCUGAAGUUUCAACGAUUACUAAAGAUUUAUGCGAACUUUGAAAGACCUUCUUUAAUGAGAGCAAAUUGUAUAGUAAUAGCUAGUGGUAAAGGAGAUACCUCAGUAGGUAUAUGUGAUACGCUUGAAACCAUCGUCCAUAAAGCCUACGUAUCUUUCAAACUCGAACUGGUUACACUUGCCAUCUUUUCCUUGCAACCAAAUAGUUAGGGUAAAUUGUAUAUUGGUAAUCCAUAUUUAUACAAAUAGAUUUUCAAAUAGCGAAUAAUCGCUGAAGGGAAUUGUAUAGGAAUUGCCAGAACCAACCAAUCGCUUUUGAAAUAAAAACUGAAAUUAUUUUUGCAUUUUAGACUAUAGUACGUAUUUAAUUUAGCCAUCGUUCUGUGUAAGAGAAAUGUUUUUUCUCGUCUUAUAGAUCGAUUUGUUGUUAUUCAAUAGAAUAAAUCGCUUUUUGUAUGAAACAGCUUCAUAUUUUUGAGAGUACAAACAUGAUAUGGAUUGUUAAUUUGUACCUCAAGUAGUUAAAGGGAAUUGGUGUAACUUAGCUAGUCGAUUAAUUGUUUAAGUGGGCACAGUAUUUGUUCUUAUUUAAUAGGCUAACACUUCUUAUAGAAUGAAAAUGAUACAUGUAAUAUAACUGCGACUGUCCUCAUUUUAAAAUCUUUUGUAUUCUAGUGGUUGUUGAUAGCUGUCUGAAUAUUGCACAAAGAUUCACAGCGCAAUAAGUUCUUGUUUGUGUGUGACAGUUGACAGUUUUCUAUAUUGCCAUUAGGAACAAUUUAUUUUGCCAAGAUUUUGAAAUUACCAAUUGGGAUCGUAAUAAUUUGCGUUUAUUUUGGAACGUUUAGACGCAAACAAAUCGAUUCCAAUGUUAUGUAUAAAAAACCAACGGUACGUUAAAAUUGUUAUCGGACUAUACACUUAACUAGAUAAUCUAUUGAAUAAUGUUCCCUUGAAGCAUUUGAUAGCUAGGCUAUUUGGUAUAUCAUAAAAAUAUUGUUAUAUUUUGCCAAAGAUUGUAAAAUAAGAGAAUUAUGAUCACUUUUUGAAGCGUCGCUAGGUAAUAUUAUUUUUAAUUUUUAGUAAAAUUCAUACUGUACCUAGGCAAUUGACUGCAUUUGUCACUUUAUAUGAAACAAAUACAAUAAUGUUUUGCCUACUUUGCAUGUUUAGUUGAUAAUCCUAUUAUCGAGUUAUCUAUAUUAUGUAUCAAAACAUAUUUGAAACUAAAUAACUAUUCAAUUAUUUAUUAUUAUACACUUAUUACGUUUAGUAUGCUAGAAAUAUGAGGAAGGAUAAUAAAUAAUUUUAAUUAUAUUA